UAGGUUUAGUUGGCCGCCAGGAAGGGAAAAUUUCUAGGGUUUCAGCUUCGUCUCUCUCUGACCGCCGAAAAUGACAAAGAGAACCAAGAAGGCGGGUAUUGUUGGGAAGUAUGGUACCCGCUAUGGUGCCAGUCUGCGGAAGCAGAUCAAGAAGAUGGAGGUCAGUCAGCAUAGCAAGUAUUUCUGCGAGUUCUGUGGAAAGUAUGCAGUGAAGAGGAAGGCUGUUGGAAUCUGGGGAUGCAAAGACUGUGGCAAAGUGAAAGCUGGAGGUGCAUACACAUUGAACACUGCAAGUGCCGUGACCGUUAGGAGCACCAUCCGAAGGCUGAGGGAGCAGACUGAGAGUUAAUCUUAGUGUUAUGGUUUGUGUUCUUUUUAAUAUAUCGAACUUACUGUAAUGGCAACCAAACAAGAUGUCUUAUGGAGAUUUGGAUUUUUUAUGUUUUUGAUCUAUUGAAAGUUGAAACAGUUUUGGCAUUAAGUUGACUACCUUGUUUAUGCUUGUAAUCUUAUUUUUGUUCGCAAAAGACCAAAAUAAUUGCUACAGUUUAUC